AUGCAACUCACUCUGCUCAUCACGACCGCCCUGGGCCUUACCGCCGGCGCCUCCGAGUCCCAAGCACGACGCAUGGCCGGUUGGUACAGUGCCAAACCUCCGGACGACCACAUCUUGCGCGACGCUCUCUACGAUGAUCUCGGCUGCAACGAAGCCAGAUGGCCUACGUACUGGCUUUAUGUUCGUCCUGGUGCUCAAUGCCGCUUCUACGGUGCGCCGGGCUGUCCGCAGAACUCCUUCCGUCUCCAUAUCUUGGGUCCCUGGGGCCCCACCACGGACCUCGCCGUUGGCCCCGGAGGCAUUGGAGGCGUCACGCACUACACUUGCUGGUAUAUGCACAAGGGAGCUGCCGAUCAGGGCUACGAGGGCAUCGCCAACAGCACCAUCACCGAGGAUGGAAACAACAAGAACGACACCUCCGGCGAUGAGGUCCAUGAGUCGUUGGACACGACCACCUGA